AUGUUCCUUCCCAGUGUACACGCAGAACCCGACACGGAAGUCCUCCUUAAAUUCAUCCAGGAAAACCCCCUAGGAAUCCUCGUCACAGGUAUCAACUCAUCCUCACAGAACUUCCUACAAUGCACUCAUGUCCCAUUUGUGCUUGACCUCCCCGGCACAAGAGACAACGAAUCACCCACCCCCCAACUUCGCGCCCACAUCGCGAAGCAGAACCCCCAAGUGAAGGCCAUGCUCGAGGCAGUUGACGGCAAGCCACCAAGUGUCCUGUCCCUUGAUCAGGAUGUCCUGGUGAUCUUCAAUGGGCAACACGAUCACUACGUGACUCCUAAAUACUACACGGAGACCAAGCCAGACACCGGCAAAGUCGUACCGACCUGGAACUACUCCGUAGUUCAGAUAUAUGGGAAGUUGUCUCUCUAUUACGACUCUAAGACCCCGGAGGCAGGGUCCUUCCUGAUGAAACAGAUGCAUGAUUUGUCGGAGCAAUGUGAGAGAACGAUUAUGGGUUUUACAGGUGGGGAUAGGCCGCAGCCGUGGAAGGUUGCUGAUGCGCCGGAGCGGUAUAUUGAGUUGAUGCAGAAGAAUAUCGUCGGGAUCAAGAUUGAGAUUGGCAAGAUUGAGGGCAAGUUUAAGAUGAGUCAGGAGACGAGACGAGGGGAUCGGGAUGGGGUGGUUAGGGGAUUUGCAAAUCUCGGAGGGGCAACUGGAGAGGUUAUCUCAGCGUUGGUCAAGGAGCGAGGGGAGAUGCAUGAUAAGAAGAAGGAGAAAAAACACACCACCAGAAUAUUCUGCCAUAUGUACAAGCCUGUACCUCCUAGACCGAGAAAGACAAACAUUAUACGUUCGCGCAAUGGCUGUAAAAGCUGUCGCAACCGAAGAACAAAGUGCGAUGAGCAGAAGCCAACAUGCGGAACCUGCGCGAGACUGGACAAGUGCUGUGAAUAUGUUCAACCCGUGCUCAAGUUCCAGAUUAUAACGGCGCAGAAUACAAAAGGGCUAUUAUCCUCACAUGAUACUCCGUCGGCAGAGAGGAAGCAAAGGUUGACAGGGAACGAGAGGCUUUCUAUGCAAGUUGAGCAAGGUGAGCCCCGGAUAGGAGGCUGUGAUAUAGUUAAAUCAUUGCAAACAACUGAGAGAGAUGUCUUCUACUCUACGUAUUGGGAGGAUUGCUGCUUACCAUCCUUGCACCCAAUAUUCCAUUCUGCCACUCUGUUGACCACGGACUAUCCUAUCCUCAACGACGCUAUCCUAGCUCUGUCCUCUUGUAACAUCAGCCGUCUCUACAGUGAACGCAAAACAUCUUCAACUGGACUGACGGGACCACUGAGUCCCAGUCUCACUCAUCAAACAAGAAGUCAUCUGUACUACUCAUCGGCAAUCAGGAAACUGACCACAAUGAAAGUAGCCGACUAUUGCCAUAAUGCCACGGUUGUCUUCCUUGUCCUUGUUCUAUUCGCUCACCUAGAGUCGGCAAUGGGCAAUUUUCAAGGCUUUUAUUGCCACGUGCAGGGGAUGAUGAAUCUCCUCGUUGAGUGGCGUGGAGAAGCCGGAGACGUGACCAUCAAGCCCCUCCUCACAUCAUGGAUGCAGACUCGGUACGUUGUGUGGUGGGCUCGUGCCUAUUUCAGCUCUCUGGAUAUACAUCAGCAGUUACCGUCGAUUCCCUUACCCAUCUCAUUGAAAGAAGUACCCCGUACACUCCACGAACGACGUGUCAAGGUACUAAGCAUAAUGUGUGAAUCACAUCGACUGAACUUUAAGACCGUGCUCCAACAUUUUAGGAAAGUAGUGUCCGAAGAAGAGGUUGAACAUGAAAAUAACCAGGGCUACGACGAAUGCGUUUCUCUCCUAUGCCAAGAGGCUACAAAGUUAGACGAGUGGCUGUUGCAUCUUCCACCAUCUGAGCAGCCUAUUUACGAACCCAGUGGCACGAGAAGCACGGCAAUCCAUUUUCAAUCUCACGAUGCAGCGCUCAACUACGCCUACUAUGUAGUAGCGCGUAUAAUGCAGUGCACAGGUCUCCUGCGAGAACUAUACAGUCAAACCACUCCAGGUCACGAAGAUGAAUACUACAAAGCGGAGUUUUGGGUGCAGACAUUAGUACAGGUUGCGCAAGGUGCAGAGAUGCGGACAUCUCUCACCCGAAACAGUUAUACAAUUGGGUUCUCGGGCUUACUCCUGGCGGGGAUUCUUCGAUGCCAAAGUCUGUCUGUCGGGUUGGAGAUCCAAACCUGGCUACAAACACUGCAGGAUCUGCAACCAACAGAAGAAGGAGCUUUCCCGGUUUAUCAGACCUUGAGUGUCGUCAAAGCGAUCAAUCAACAGAGGAUGGUCGGCCGAGAUGUGUUUGCUGUUACGCAGCCGGUGGACGAUGGUGGUGGACACCCCAAGGUCACGGCCUACAACAGCCAAUUUAUUAAUACUCUCUUGUUUCAUGGCAGAUGCCAAAUACGCAACUGUCUCUUCGAGGAAUGCAUUACUUUAGGUAUUUAG